CAAGACUUCGCCGCGGCGGAGAAGGAUAAGAAUCAUCGCUUCCACCUUUCAACGAACAGAUCAACAUUCUUGCAUUCCAACAACUUGAGAGUUUGCCCUCCUUGCCGUUGCAAACGCUCCAAAAACUCACCAAGGUUCCUACCAAAACUAAGUAAGAAACAUGGCCAACGAGCUCUUCGCUGGGUUGGGUGUAUUGGCCGCCGCCGGCAUUGCAUGGCUGGUGAUCUCCAGCAAUGGAGACAGGAACAAGGCUGAGAGGAAGUUCAACAAUGCUGCGGAUGAUGUUAAGCACAACGCAAAGCAGGCUGGACGUGAUGCUCGGGGAGCAUGGGAAGAUACCAAGGACAGGGCUCGUGAUGCAACCAGAUAAAAAGCUAGCCUAAAUUAGUCUGUGUAUAAUCAUUGAGUCAAUUUUGCAAAACAGUCGAGUCAGUCCCUUGGACACAUACAGAAAUUGUUCCCAUCCUUUUGAACACAUGGUUAUGAAAGUGACCUGAACAAGCACGUGAUGUCAUAUCAAGUGGCCAUCUUCGUUGUUGACAAUUCAUUAGUUGAACAAUGAAAUUGCAAUCGCAAUCCGCUAAAUAUUGUGCCAACUGCCCUCUACUACACUCUACUACGUUCC